CAUACGUAACUGCACAACAUAUAAUUAUCUGUAUACUUUUGGUGCUACUUAAACUUGUUACGAACGGAAGCUGUUGUUUGCUGUGUACCCAGUAGGUUUGCGUUUCACAGCCAGUUGUCUCGUUGAAGUAGCUGCAUAAUAUCAUCGAGGUUCCCUGGCGACGAUGCCGCGGAAGCGGAAAGCUCAGCAGGCCCUCGCAGCAAUUGCUGAAGAGGCAGAAGCGCCGAGCAACCAAAAAGGCGACGAGCGCAGUACCUCAGAAAGCCAGAUAGAAAAGCUAAUAGAAGAAUGCAAGGAGCAAGUUAAGGCCAAGGCGAACAGCCAAAUCGCUUUUGCACGUCAGGAGGUGCAACACCUGCGUACGGACGGCGAAGUUGCCCUCCUCAAAAUUCCAAAGCAGGUCCGCCAGAUGUCUGCAGCAGGCUUCUUCCGGUUAAGCCCUGAGGAGGCAAACGCUACCUUCCUUGGCGAUAUAAUCGGGCGGCUGGAGCUGUUGCAGCAGGAGCCCAACGCUGUACCGCAGGCUGCUGCCCAAGUGCUUGCAGUCGUCGCCAGCAAUGCAGCAUCAGCAGCAGCAGUGGAACGCGAACCUCAGGCAGCGCAGAGCGACCAGCAGCAGCAUGGACAAGAGGCUGACGCUGCGGCAGCGGGUCCAAGUGCAGCCGCGGGUCCCUGCAGCUCUGCCCAAGCAGUAGCAGCGGUAGGCCUGAUGCCGCCGCCGCAGCCACCGCCAGCCCGCCAGGCGCUAGCACCGGUGAAUCCGCCGGCGCGUGCGCCCAUGCAGAAUGAAGUCGUCUACUCGGUCAAUGGUUCUCCCAUCUUCCUGGGCGCCGUACAAGCCAGUGCGGCGCCCGUCACAGGUGCGGUGAAGGGCGCGGCCUUCAACCUCACCGACGCCACCCCGGCUGUAGGCGCCAGCUGCGUCCCUGCCGCAGCCCCUCCGACAAUGGCGUUCACGGGACGCACCUUCAGACGAGCCACCGCGGCCCGAGGUCGCACAAAACAAGCCACGCGGGCAAUCACUGUGACGACGGAAGAUGGCAAGCAGUUUACCGUGGACGACGUCAUCGGUUUGGCGGCAGUGCCUGAGAAAUACCGCGUGGAGGUGCGGAAGCUGGUGGAGGCGGACUACCAGGACCUGGACGCGCUUAUGAAGUCGGUGGCGGCUAUCGAGGUCGGCACCACCAGCAGCGCCGCAGCCACGACAAGCAACGCACGCCCCACGAGGCGGCGGUGAGAGG